GUUAUCAAGAGAGUUUAUUAUAAACAUUUGACACUCGACCACUGUAGAGAGAAGAUACGAAAGUGAAUUGCAGAAAAAGUGAACUGUACAGUGUUUUGUUAUUUUUUUGUUUUAACUGUUAUAUCUAGUACGCCCAAUUUUGAAAAUGAAUACGCUUUUCAAAGUUUUUAUUUUUUUUGUGAUGUUUUUCGGUGUGCAGAGAAUAGUGUUCGCCAAACCCAGCAGGGUGAAGCGAGUUUCCGAUUCAUAUUUAACGGACUUGAAAACAAAGUUGGCUCUAAGCAAAAUGGACAAAGUGGCCAUAACCAUCCCAGUAAGCGCAGGACUUAGAGACCCCAUGUCAAUAGGGCGUCGACGAAGGUCUCAAUCGCGAUUCUUGGAUGUUCUGUUCAACCAAUCAGAGGAAGACAACGGCGAUCCGAUGGCUCUUGAUUAUGACGACUACAAAAUUAAUUUUCUGAAAUUCAACAAGUAGAUGGAAAUUCGAGAAGAUUUUUUUGGAAAACUACGCUUACUUAAAUUCAUUCAGGAGGAGUUUAUUAUUUGCCGGAAUCCAGGCAGAUAGAGAGGAUUUUUUUAAGAAAAAGUGAUUAUAUUGCUUUGUUUGUAACAGAUUGUAAUCUCAGUGAGAAACACAUGUCAAAAGAUAGAAUUAUUUAUUUUUAAUUUCUAUGAAUAUUUUGACAUAUUUUUUCAAAGUAAGAAUCUCAAAAUUUCUGUAAGCGUAUUAGGAUACAAAAAAACAAAGCAAUUUUAAUAUAU